GAAGGCGACAGAGACUUCAGCUAUCAGGCCAGCAAAGUAGCAGCAUGGUGCUCCCCUUAUUCAUCGUCGGCACAGUGGGCGCGGGCGCAGCCACCGGCUACGGCAUGUACCAGGCCGGCACGGCGCUGGCGCUGCCCGCGUCGGUCAACGAGGCCCCGCCGAAAACCGCGAGCAGCCUCGCGGCUGGCGGAAUCACUGCGGUGGCCGCGUACUCGGCGCAGGGGCGAGUGCUUAACCGCUACCUAGCGCACCUGCUGACGUACGAGGUGCCCAAGAACGUGACGGCCUGGGGCUUCCGCGACUUUAUGCGCAUCGCGGGGCCGCUGGUGGCGCCGCGAGCUGUCAUGUUCUCGACGUCGGUGGCGCUCAUGGGCUUCGUCUCGACCAAGGUGGACUUAUCAGGGGACCGGAAGUAGCGGAGGGAGUGGCGUAAUACAGCGGAGGAAGGCUGCUCUACCCGCCCUCGUGUGGGUGGGCAGCUCUUUAUCUGAAGUUGUGGGGUGAAGAGCCCCU